AUGACCGGCUGCACAGCCAUGAAAAGAUUAAGUUUAGGCACUGAUCAAUCUGCUCUUUUAGCCCUGAAAGCCCAUAUCACUUCAGGACAGCAAGAAUUCUUGCCAAAAAACUGGUCUUCUGCAGCUGCUGCAUCCUCUGUCUGUGACUGGAUAGGAGUCCAGUGCAGCUCUCGACACCAAAGAGUGACUGCUUUAAAUAUUUCAAACAUGGGACUCACCGGCACAAUACCUCCGGAUUUGGGAAACCUCUCCUUUCUUGUUUCUCUUGAUCUGAGAAAUAACUCCUUCCACGGAAAUCUGCCCGAAGAGUUGUCACGUCUAUGCCGCCUGAGGUUCGUCAGGUUAACCACUAACAACUUCACUGGAGAGAUUCCAAUGUGGUUUGGUCACUUCCCAGAACUCCAGUUCUUGUUUCUGGACGGCAAUGGUUUUAGUGGUUUUAUUCCUUCUUCUAUAUCCAACUUGUCAAGAGUGGAAAAGUUAGAUCUAAGCGACAAUUUCCUGGAAGGAAAUAUUCCAGAAAAGAUAGGAAAUCUUUCAGCCCUCAAAUUGCUGACUUUUUAUCGGAAUUAUUUAGCUGGUCAAAUACCAUUGAGCUUAUGCAAGAUUUCUCAACUUCAAUCGCUAGACUUGUCAUCCAACAGGUUUAGCGGGCACAUACCUAAAGAAAUUGGAAAUCUGGAGAAGCUUACGUAUUUAUCCCUCGUGACUAACAACUUCACAGGUGUAAUUCCCCGAGAGAUUGGCAAACUGCAUGGUUUGAAGGUUCUCGUGUUGGGGCGUAACAACUUGACAGGUACGAUCCCACGAGAGAUAGGCAAUCUGCAAAACCUGCAAGGGCUCAAUCUGGAAUGGAAUCAAAUCACGGGAAGCAUUCCAAAAGAAAUCGGAAAUUUGACGAUGCUUACUGGGCUCUACUUCGCCAACAACUCCUUGGCAGGUACAAUACCACCAGAGAUGGGUAACCUUUACCAACUCGAGAAUCUUCAGUUACCUUAUAAUGGAUUGAUUGGCUCCAUUCCCCAUGGCAUCUUCAACCUCUCAGCAUUGCGGAGGAUUGCACUUUCAUCUAAUCUUGUAUCAGGAAAUCUUCCGCGGGACCUAGGAUACAGACUGCCCAAGUUAUUUGCCAUACAUCUUGAUCGGAAUAACCUUGGUGGAGUUAUACCAGUGUCCAUUUCAAAUUGUUCCAAAUUAACAGUUCUAGAACUUCAAGUCAACCGAUUCACUGGUUCCAUUCCUGACGUCCUCGGGGACCUUACACUUCUGCAAUUUCUUGCUCUGUAUGGCAACAAUUUAACAAGUGAUCCUACAUCUAUGGAGCUGAGCUUCAUCACUUCAUUGACAAAAUGCAAAAAUUUGGUUUAUUUAGACCUGGGCCCAAACCCCUUAAAGGGGCUUCUUCCAGCUUCCGUUGGGAAUCUCUCUGCUUCGUUAGAGAUGUUGAUAUUACAUUCAUGUGAAAUCAAGGGCACCAUACCAAGUCAAACUGGCAACUUGACCAAUUUGCUAUUGCUUGAUCUACAAUCGAAUCACUUGACCGGAGGUAUUCCAACAGCGUUCAAAAAUCUACAAAACCUGCAAGGUUUGGCUGUGGGAGAUAAUAAUCUUAACGGCACCUUAGAUAGCCUUUGCAAUUUGCGUAGCUUGACUUUAAUAGGUCUGACCACAAACCAGUUUUCUGGGUCUUUACCAGAAUGCUUCGGUAAUAUGACUUCUCUUCGGGAUCUUACACUAGGAAACAACUUUUUAGUCUCUGCCAUACCUAAUAGUUUUUGGAACCUCAAAGAUCUCUUGCGGUUGAACUUAUCCUCAAACUCCCUAAAUGGUUCCUUGCCCCUUGAAGUUGGAACUCUGAAAGCUGUAACAUCUAUAGACGUAUCAGCGAAUCAAUUCUCCGGUGACAUUCCCAGCACAACAGGUGAUUUGCAAAACCUGUUGAUUUUAAAUUUAUCCCAAAACCAAUUUCAUGGAUCUAUCCCAGAGUCAUUUGGCAAUAUGCUCAGCUUACAAGGACUUUACCUAUCGCACAACAAUCUUUCUGGCUUCGUACCAAAGUCAAUGGAGGCGAUUCGGGACCUCCAAGAGCUUGACGUUUCUUAUAACCAUUUACUGCUGAAUCUUUUCUGUUCAACGAUGCAUUGUGCGGAGAUUCCAGUUGUCGCAGCCUUAGCAAUUGUCUUCAGAAGAUAUUGGAAGAAAUAUCAGGAUUCUAAAGGACCAAACAUGGUAUUAGUGCCAACACAAGAAAGAGUUUCGUACUAUGAACUUCUUCGAGCAACUGAUGGAUACAGUGAAAGCACACUACAAGAAUUUUGGUCUUCAAUGACAACUACUUUUCGUCACAAAAAAGCAAAAAGUCGUCACUGA